AUGUUUCCACGAAUACGGCUUCCAUUUCUGAUAUGGAAACGGACCUUCCUGUUAAACAGUUUGCAAACAAAAAACCCUCCAGCGCUGCUCCGAUGCACCAUCUUUAAUAGUCAAGGGGAGCUUAUUUUGCAUAACAAAGACAUCGAAAGAGUGCCAUUCAUGAAGAGACAUAAUUUGGCAGUGAGGGACUUCCGCAAAAUAUCACGUCCAACAAUUGUUCCCGCGGUGGUCACCAGGCCAUCUUGCAUUCUCGUUAAUAUCCUCAACCUUCGAGCGUUGAUCAAACAUGACGUGGUUGUAGUGUUUGAUGCCCCCCAAUCAGGUAUGAUGGGGCCAAAUAACCAACUGUUCAGUCAACUGGAGUUCUAUCGAGAGCUUCAGACUCGACUCAAGGAUUCUAGUGAUAAAGAGACACCGUAUGAAUUUCGAGCUUUGGAGGCAGUUCUCAUGAAUGUGAUGCAAAACCUUACGACUGAAUACAAGGUACAUGAGACAGUUCUCAAAAAUCUUAUUAAGCAGCUUGAACAGCUGAUUGAUAGAGUUAAGCUUCGUUAUUUUUUGAUUGAACUGAAGAAGAUCACUCAAUUUCACAGAAAAGUGGCAUUGAUUCACAACAUGCUCGAGGAAUUACUCGAUUCUGAUGAUGAACUUAAUGAUAUGUACCUUACAGAUAGGGCUCGAGAUAAAGUUCACACCGGGUCAGACCAUACGGAAAUCGAAAUGUUGUUGGAACAUUAUCUCAUACGGCUGGAUGAAAUCGUGCAGCAAACUGAAGGUCUCCGUCGUCUAGUUAAAACUCUGGAAGAGAUCAUCAAUGUGAUUCUCGACUCAAAUCGAAAUGAGCUUAUGAUGCUUGGCUUGAAGUAUAGUACAGGUUUGUUAUCAAUGGGGGCUGCUCUAUGGGUAGCAGCGCUUUACGGUAUGAAUCUUGAAAACUACAUUGAAGAAAGUGAUGGUGGGUUUGAAGCAGUGGUGGUGUUUGCCCUGGUGGUUUUGACGACAUUGUUGGUGUACAGUGUGAUCCGCCUUCGGAGGGUAGGAAAAUUGAGGCUCGGUCAUAAACAUAGACUAUUAUGA